AUGCGUGUUGUACUCACGGCCAUUAUUCCAUGGGAUUACGCUUCACAAGGCUCUUCUCAACGUAAACAAUACAAAGAACGAAGCGAAAAGGAGGAAGAAGUAAUGGAGUUCGAAGCGAUUUACCUAUCGGAGAAGGUCCGGUGCCUCCUCAAGCGCAGUGAAGCGAUGACAAACCAGAGAUCUUCAGGUAAUUGCUGCGUUCUCUGCUUCUUAUCUUCUUCUUCGUCCAAUUCAAUUUUCUUCUUCUGCUACUUUUUCUUGAUCUUUCUGUUUUCUGUUACAAAUCUUCUAAUUUCAAAUAACAAAGAUACCGAGAUAUAA